CCGCUGCCGUUGUUGCUGCCGUACUAUUAGAUAAAUUUGAUAACUGUCAUCGUUUUUGAUUCCUAUUUUUAACAACUGCAAAAGUUUAAACCUGCCUGUUACAAUUACAACAUUGUUUACCAGUUAUGUCAGCGGAAUCAAUCAAAAAUCCAGGCGGGUUCACAAACCCAGAAAUGCCCGGAUAUGUUGGAUUCGCCAAUUUACCUAACCAAGUUCACAGAAAAUCAGUUAAAAAAGGAUUUGAGUUUACCUUAAUGGUUGUCGGAGAAACUGGGCUUGGAAAAUCAACCUUGGUCAAUAGCCUGUUCUUGACUGACCUUUAUCCUGAGCGCAAUAUUCCAUCAGCUGGAGAGCGCACAAAGCAGACAGUCAAAAUUGAUGCUUCUACUGUGGAAAUUGAAGAGAGAGGAGUUAAGCUUCGUCUUACAGUGGUUGACACUCCUGGGUUUGGAGAUGCCAUUGAUAACACUGACUGCUUUAGAUCAAUAAUCCAGUACAUUGAUGACCAAUUUGAGCGUUUCCUUCGGGACGAAAGUGGACUGAAUCGUCGCAAUAUUGUGGAUAACCGAGUUCAUUGCUGCUUCUACUUUAUUUCACCAUAUGGGCAUGGGUUGAAACCACUCGAUACACAAUUUAUGAAAAUGCUACAUCACAAAGUAAACAUUGUUCCCGUCAUCGCAAAAGCCGAUAUGUUGACUAAGAAAGAAAUUGCUCGACUAAAGAAAAGGGUUAUGGAAGAAAUUGAAGCCAAUGGAAUUCGGAUUUACCCGUUACCUGAUUGCGAUUCUGAUGAAGACGAAGACUACAAAGAGCAAGUCCGUCAACUAAAGGAGGCCGUGCCGUUCGCUGUAUGUGGAGCCAAUACAUUGAUUGAAGUUAAAGGCCGUAAGGUCCGCGGGCGACAGUAUCCAUGGGGCGUAGUUGAAGUGGAAAAUCCCGAACACUGCGAUUUCAUUAAACUUCGAACGAUGCUAAUUCAACAAUUGCAAGACCUUCAGGAAGUCACCCAAGAUGUACAUUACGAAAAUUACCGAUCAGAGCGUCUUGCUAAAGGUGUAGUAGCAGGAAAUCGAAAAACUGCCGGACCAACCAAUUCUACCGCACCGCCAGCUGCCCCAGAGCAAAUCAAUGAGAAAGAAAAAAUACUGCAGGAAAAAGAGGCGGAGCUACGACGAAUGCAACAGAUGUUGGCUCAGAUGCAAGCUCAAAUGCAACAACAGCAACCUCAAUAGCAUGAUGGAACCAGGAGGAAUAGCAAUUUUUUAUGGUUCAUCAUCCCACAAGGAAUAUUUUUUCUCUAUGUUUUUGACUGUUCGUUUUCUUGGAUUAUCCUUUCGCUAUCCUUGGCACUCAUACCUUCCAAUAAGACGUCUUAAGUUUCUAUAAAAAAAUUUCAAUCCAAGUGCCAACAUUUUAAAUAAUACUAUGCUUUUUUCUGGUCACUAUAGUGAUUAUUUUCCUCCCUUGCCUUCAUUUGAUUUUUUCUUCCAUGUAUGGUGUGAAGCCAAGAUGCGUCUCUAUAAUUCUACACCGAAUUUCUCCUUAGUAUCUCAAUACUGGUUGCAGUAUUCAAUAUACAUUUUUUUUAAGACUCAA